AACGUAAUACAGAUAGUAUUUAACACUCGUGAAUAUUAGCCAUAGGCUACAAACCUGUAUUUCCGUGAUAAAUGCAGAAAAGAGCUGUGCGUGAAAACCUUAUAGAAACGUGCCAUCCGUUGGUUCUGAAUCCGCCGCUAAACGAGGGAAAAUAAGCGCCGUUUGACCGAUUUACACAUCGCGUGCGAACAGACCGCUUCUCGUGACAGUGGGACAGAUGCUUCUCAGGCAAGGAUCCCUGCCUUCAUUGCAGGAAGUGUAGCGAAGCGGUAGGGCGCAUGCUCUAAAAAGCUCUCAACAAGCUAAGGAUGAUUUCGACGCCGUAAAAAGUGGUUCUUUGGGAGACUCUUGGAUGGCCAACGCGGAUGUCGGCAUGUCCAUGGGGGACAUGAUGAUGAUCAAGGCAGAAGAGGAGGGGGGUGACUCCGUCACCGGCCACAGAUCUCGGGUCAUCCUGCACCUGCAGUCCGUCCCCCAGGGGACAAGCGAUGACAUUACAGAUACCUCCACCACAGUUCUGGCUGUGGAGACGAACCAAGCUGCGGAGGACAGCAACACAGAUGACGAGGUGGAGUACGGCUACCCCAUCACCUGCGGAGACAGCAGAGCCGUGCUCCUCUACAAGAAGUUUGUGUGUCCGGGCAUCAACGUCAAAUGUGUAAAGUUCAAUGGCCAGCUGAUUAGCCCAAAGCAUUUUGUUCAGCUGGCUGGCAAAUCGACUCUGAAAGACUGGAAGAGAGCCAUUCGCCUGGGAGGGGUUAUGCUCAGGAAAAUGAUGGACUCUGGUCAGAUUGAUUUCUACCAGCAUGACAACGUGUGCACCAACUCCUGCCGCAGCACCAAGUUUGACCUGCUCAUCAACAGCUCUCGCCUCCCCUCCACUGCCUCCAUGACCACCCCCACCUCACCACUGCCAGGAGGUGGAGGCCAGAUGCUGCUGAUGGAGGAGAAGUCGGAGGACUCUGGGGGCCCCAUCAUGGACCCCCGCUCCACACACAUGCUCCCCAUCCCUGCAGAAGCCAACGGGGAGAUGAAGAGAGAGCACGACGAAGCCACAGAUGAGUCUCUGAGUUUCUGGCAGGGCCUGUCGGAGCUGGGCCUGGUGGGGGAGGUGGUGUCCAGCAUCCGCACUGAGCUGCUGGCCCUGCUGAGGGGGGUGGAGCAGCGCGGGGAGCAGGCCCUAUUGCACCACACAGAUGCAGCGGUGCUGAGCACUCUGACCCACAUGUUUGGGCUGCUGGACUCGGUGAGGCAGGUGCUGGACCUGCAGCGAAGCCGCGCAUCACAUAGCGAACACCAGCUACACGACAGACUGGAUGUUCUAGAAUGCCAGCUGGACAAUCAGAGGAGGCAGGACCCAUGGAGGGCCCACCCGUCCUCCCCCUUCCCCAUCAUCGUGCCCCUGGAGGCUACGCCCUACUCCCGGCACCACCCCCACCACAAGCGGCCGCGGCCCCGGCUCCAGCGCUCCUCCUCCUACUCCGCUGCCUCCUCCUCUUCCUACUGCGCGUCCUCCUCAGCCGGUGGCAACAGCUCAGGGCCCCCCUUCUCCGUGCUCUCCCCGAUCACCUUCUCCCACAUGGGGCCGUCGAUGUCUGUGCCGGGCCUGCCCAUCUCCACCCUGGCUCAGCUGCCCACCGGCUCCCAGCUCUACCACUCCACCUCCCCGGUGCCGAUGUCAGGACAUGGGGGUUACAGAAGCAAGGCUGAGGGCCUGGGUCUGGGACUGGAGAUCAGCCCGGCGUCAGGCCUCAGUCUACCAGGCGCGGCCCACCUGAGGCACCACGCCACUGGCCACGCCAUAGAGGUCAGGUCCCCGUCCAGCAGUGGCAUGGAGGAGAGGAUGGAGCUGGAGUCAGAGGAGGACAGGGAGAGGCCGUACAGGGAGGUGCAUGAGGAGGAGCGAGAGAGGGAGAGGCCUGAGACGAGAGAGGUGCAGGAGGAGGAGGAGGAGGAGGAGGAGAGAGGGAGGGAGAUGCCAGAGAGGGAGGUAGACGAGCAGGUAGGGGUUGAGGUGAGAGAGGAGAAGGAGGAUAGGAGGCAGAGUGAGGAAGAGGACAUGGCAGUGGGGAGAGGGGAGGAGGCAGCAGCAGAGGAGGUGCAGAGAGGAGACGCAGUGGAGGAGGAGAAAGAGAGGAGGCAGGUGGAGGAGGAGAAAGAGAGGAGACAGGUGGAGGAACAAGAGGAGAAAGGCAGGGGAGAGAGCCGAGGGGGAGGGGGUGGCCGAUCGCACAAACCAGCCUCCAGGAAAAAGACCCACAAGCGUCACUAAGUUUCACAAAACUCAAAGGGAAGAAGAACACGCAGAGAGAGACAAAAUUAGGGGGAGGAAUCCUACAGUUGAUGUCAGGUUAUGUCCAAUCCAGGUGAUAAAACUUCAGGGAGUUUUUUGUCAUUUUUUUUUUUAUAACAUGACACACGGUCUGUAAAUCAAGAAAGGACCUAACUCAAAUAUUGCUCACAAAAAAAAACAUGCAUUUCUGUAGGCAAGAAAGAUCAUCCAGACACCAUGAUGACUCAGCUGUUUCCUCUCCUCCUUGCUCAUCUGCUCUGUCAGCCACUGUGUCCUCCUCACGUCACGCAGUGCGAGUGAGCCACCAUGACUAUGUG